CCCCCAGGACACCCUGCUGAGCCUCAGAACCCUCAGCCAUGAAGGUGUCCCUGUGCCUCAUCCUCGCCCUCACAGUGGCCCCCAGCCUGUGCCGGCCCCCAGCUGCCUUGGGGGACCCCCAGGAGCCCCCCCUCAGCCUGGCCCGCCGGGACUGGCCCCAGCACCUGUCCCAGGAGCAGCAGCACCUCCUGUCCCAGUUCCUGCCCCACAUCCUCACAGAGCUGAACAAGCACAAGGCCUUUGUGCAUGAGGAUGAGGGGCUGGAGGCUCUGCACGACCACUUCUACCCCGACUGGAUGGACUUCGGCCGCCGCAGCGCUGAGGAUGAGGAUGGGGCUGUGUAG